AUGACCAAAAAAACAGUGUUGAUCACCGGAUGCAGCGAAGGUGGCCUCGGGGCAGCCCUCGCCAACGCUUUCCACGACCAAGACUUCCAUGUAUUUGCAACAGUGCGCGACCCUGCAAAGGCCACCUCACUUGGAAGAAAAAAUAUCGAGAUUCUCCCAUUAGACGUGACAUCACAAUCAUCCAUCAUGGAAUGCCUCGAAGCAGUCAAAAAACGCACGGAAGGGAAAUUGGAUGUACUGGUCAACAAUGCAGGUGCGCUCUUCUUUGGCCCACUUCUGGAUGUUUCUAUCGAAGAUUCCAAAAGGCUAUUUGAUUCGAAUGUCUGGGGGAUGCUCGCUGUUUCGCAGGCAUUCUCUCCGUUGUUGAUUGAGGCUAAGGGGGUUAUGGUGAAUAUCUGCUCCAUUGCUGGUGCAGUGCGUAUGGCAUGGCAAGGUAUCUACAACAGCUCCAAAGCAGCCGAAACCUGGUUCUCCGAAACCCUCCGCAUAGAACUCGAACCAUUAGGAGUUCGAGUCAUGACGGUCAUGUUAGGAGAAGUAGAAUCCAAGAUAUAUACCAAAAAGCAGGCAUUUCACCUCCCAGAGAAAUCAUAUUAUCGGUGUAUUGAAGACAUCAUCACCAAACAGAGCAGCGGGGCUAUGCAGACCAGCAAUGAACCACCAGAUAUGGUGGCACGGAAUCUGGUUCAGGAUGUGCUCAAGGGGCGAAAAGGACAAGUCUGGAGGGGAGGCGUAGCUGGGACAGCCAAGUAUGCGUCCUGGUUGUUGCCGACGAGUGUCUUGCCUUUGAAGUAA